AUGAAUUCAAACGCUCACAUGCUAUUACAAGAAGCUGUGAAAUGCGGGUACGACAAAUGGACGAGACCAGGUUCAACGACGGAACCUUUACAAGUUCACACGAGGAUCUACGUUUAUUUUUUGGGAUCCAUCGAAGCUCAUUUCUUGCAAUUUACGGCUCAUCUCCUCGUGAGACUUCGAUGGAAAGAUCCCCGUUUGGCAUAUGGUCAAAUGGCGCCGAAAGUUGACAGAAUCGUUGGGGAAGCCAUGUUGAAAAAUAAAAUAUGGGUGCCGCACGUGUAUUUGGUAAAUGAAAACGAAUCGAAAAUGAUGGGAGCCGAUCAGCAAGACGUUUUAGUCACCGUCAGACCCGAUGGAACCAUUUAUUUUUCGAGGAGAGUGAAAGUUACAUUAUUUUGCCUGAUGAAUUUACAAAAAUUUCCAUUUGAUAAACAAGAAUGUCCGCUCGUUUUGGAAAGCUGGACUUAUAACACAAGUGAACUCGUAUUAAAAUGGGAACCGAAAGAUCCCGUUAUUAUAAAUAAAGAUUUACACCUGACGGAAUACAAACUGAUAAAAACGUGGGAAAAUUCAUCAGUUGUUUCAUAUGAAAAUUCAGAUUUCGAAGAAGAUGAAGUAGAAGAAUAUAAAAUUUUCCUCAUUUUUUCUUUUUCAAAUUUUCCAGCUGGAAAUUACAGUUCGCUGACGGUUAAAUUUCAAUUGGAAAGAGAAAUCGGUCACUACAUAAUGGAUUUUUACGUUCCGAGUAUUUUAUUAGUCGUCGUCUCGUGGGUAUCAUUUUGGCUGGAUCCAAAUGCCGUACCUGGAAGAACGACUUUGGGUACGAGCACGAUGCUUACUUUUAUAACAUUGACGAGAAAUACGGGAAGUUCACUUCCAAAAGUUUCUUAUAUAAAAGCAACAGAAAUUUGGUUUCUUGUUUGUACGGCUUUCAUAUUUGGUUCUCUCGUAGAAUUUGCAUUCGUCAAUACGAUAUGGAGAAGAAAGCAAAAUGUCGCACUGAAGAAGGUUAAUAGUAAACAUAUAUUAAAAUCAACUCUUACGCCUCAACUUCAUAGAAAACAAUUAAAUAAUUACAUAGAAAGAUGUCAAUCGUGGCCUUCCGUGGUCGAUGAAAACGACAAAGGAAAAGACAAUGUUUUUUAUUUGCGUGACAGCAGUCGAAACGAACUCACGGUUAAUUCAAUAGAAUCGAUAAAUAUGGAAGCUUUUCGUAGUAAUAAUCAAUCGGCUGAAACUGUCGAUACGACUACGAGUAACAAAUUAUGCGAUUCAAAUUGUCAAAAUAUCGUCAUACCCAUACCUACGGUAACAUCGAGUCCGACAAACAAUCAACAAACGAAAGGCCUCACGACCAUGACUCCCCAAGAAAUAGCAGACUGGAUCGAUCGUAGGAGUAGAAUUUUAUUUCCGGCAUCAUUUUUUAUUUUUAAUGCAUUUUAUUGGGGAUUCGUGUGGAUAUAA